GCAGAAGCCAGUCAGUCUGCGUUCGGCACUCCACGCCGCAGACCCAGGAGGAUGAGGCUCGCUGUCCGUGCCCUGCUGGCCUGCGCGGUCCUGGGGCUGUCCCUGGCUGUCGCCCAAAAAACUGUAAGAUGGUGCACCAUUUCAAAUCAGGAGGCCAAUAAGUGCUCCAGUUUCCGUGAAAACAUGAGUAAAGCCGUUAAGAAUGGUCCUCUUGUCUCCUGUGUGAAAAAAUCCUCCUACCUGGAUUGCAUCAAAGCCAUCAGGGAUAAAGAAGCAGAUGCUGUGACACUGGAUGCGGGUUUGGUAUUUGAGGCAGGCCUGGCCCCCUACAACCUGAAGCCUGUUGUGGCAGAGUUCUAUGGGCAGAAAGAUAAUCCACAAACCCAUUAUUACGCGGUGGCCGUGGUGAAGAAGGGCAGCAACUUCCAGUGGAACCAGCUCCAAGGCAAGAGGUCCUGCCACACAGGCCUCGGCCGUUCUGCUGGAUGGAUCAUCCCCAUGGGAUUACUUUACGAUCAACUGCCUGAGCCACGGAAACCUAUUGAGAAAGCAGUGGCCAGUUUCUUCUCCAGCAGCUGCGUCCCCUGUGCGGAUCCGGUGAACUUCCCCAAACUGUGCCAACAGUGUGCUGGGAAAGGGGCUGAAAAGUGCGCCUGCUCCAACCAUGAACCGUACUUCGGCUACGCAGGUGCCUUCAAUUGCCUGAAGGAGGAUGCUGGGGACGUGGCCUUUGUCAAGCACUCAACAGUAUUGGAGAACCUGCCUGACAAGGCUGACAGGGACCAGUACGAGCUGCUCUGCAGGGACAACACCAGGAGGCCUGUGGAUGACUACGAGAACUGCUACCUGGCACAGGUCCCUUCCCACGCCGUCGUGGCCCGAAGCGUGGAUGGUCAGGAGGACUCAAUCUGGGAGCUUCUCAACCAGGCCCAGGAGCAUUUUGGCAGAGAUAAAUCUCCAGACUUCCAGCUUUUCAGCUCCUCUCAUGGGAAGGACCUGCUGUUUAAGGAUUCUGCCAAUGGGUUCUUAAUUCCCUCUAAGAUGGACUCCUCGCUGUACCUGGGGUAUCAGUAUGUCACUGCUCUUCGGAAUCUAAGAGAAGAAAUAAGCCCUGAUAGCUCAAAGAAUGAAUGCAAGAAGGUGAGGUGGUGUGCCAUAGGCCACGAGGAGACGCAAAAAUGCGAUGCGUGGAGCAUAAACAGUGGUGGGAAAAUAGAGUGUGUAUCCGCAGAAAACACCGAAGACUGUAUCGCCAAGAUCGUGAAAGGAGAGGCUGAUGCCAUGAGCUUGGAUGGAGGCUACAUCUACAUUGCGGGCAAGUGUGGUCUGGUGCCUGUCCUGGCAGAGAACUACAAAACUGAGGGUGAAAACUGUGUAAACACACCAGAGAAAGGGUAUUUGGCUGUGGCUGUGGUUAAGAAAUCAUCAGGUCCUGAUCUCAACUGGAACAAUCUAAAGGGCAAGAAGUCCUGCCACACUGCAGUAGAUAGAACUGCUGGCUGGAACAUCCCCAUGGGUCUGCUCUACAACAAGAUUAACAGUUGUAAAUUUGAUCAGUUUUUCGGUGAAGGCUGUGCCCCUGGGUCUCAGCGAAAUUCCAGUCUCUGUGCUCUGUGUAUCGGCUCGGAACGUGCGCCUGGAAGGGAAUGCUUAGCCAACAACCAUGAGAGAUACUAUGGCUACACAGGGGCUUUCAGGUGUCUGGUUGAGAAGGGAGAUGUGGCCUUUGUGAAGGAUCAGGUUGUCCAGCAGAACACUGACGGAAAAAACAAGGAUGAUUGGGCAAAAGAUCUGAAGCAGAUGGAUUUUGAGCUGCUGUGCCAGAACGGCGCCAGGGAGCCUGUGGAUAAUGCUGAGAACUGCCACCUGGCCAGAGCCCCAAACCAUGCUGUGGUUGCACGGGAUGAUAAAGUGACCUGUGUUGCUGAGGAGUUACUUAAACAGCAGGCUCAAUUUGGAAGACAUGUAACCGACUGCUCAAGCAGCUUUUGCAUGUUCAAGUCAAAUACCAAGGACCUCCUCUUCAGGGAUGACACCCAAUGUUUGGCCAGAGUUGGCAAAACUACGUAUGAAUCCUACUUAGGAGCCGACUACAUCACGGCUGUGGCUAACCUGAGAAAAUGCUCAACCUCAAAACUCCUGGAAGCCUGUACUUUCCACAGUGCUAAAAAUCCAAGAGUGGAGACUACCACCUGAUGGAGACGGGAGCUCACGGGACCCAUAAGCUUCCCUCUGGUUGUGCUGGCCUGAGUGGUUUGGUUGCCUUCACACUUUCGUGGUGGCACCUCUGCAGGACAAAAAAAAAAUAAAAAUUAUUAUCAUUUUUGUCUUUUAAAAAA